UCUAUGACACCCCACACCUGUGAUACCCCCCACACCUGCUGAACCCCAAAACCCAGUGACACCCCACACACCUGCUAACCCCAAAACUCAGUGACACCCCACACAUCUGUGGAACCCCAUCCCUGCCGAACCCCACAUCCAAGGUACCCCACACCUGUGGAACCCCAUUUGGGCAGCACCCACACCUGUGGCACCCCAUCCCUGCCGAACCCCACAUCCAAGGUACCCCACACCUGUGGCACCCCACACACCUGAGCCUCCCCGCCCCAGGACACGCCCACACCUGCCCUGCCGCCCCAUGGGACGGGCCAGCCCUGCCCUGAGGACACCAUGUCCCCCCUGGGACCCCCGAUGUCCCCUCGCCCCAAAACCCAGCAGACCCCUCAUUAAUUAUUCAUGAGGGGGCGUGACCACGCGGCCGCAUAACAAGCAGCGCGCCCCUCUCGUUAUGGUGGGGCGUGGCUUAAUUUAAAUAUUCAUGAUGGGCGGGGACAACGCGGGCGGGAAACGCCGCGCGCGAGCCGCUCGCGCCCCGCCCUCUCCCCCCCCAACCCCUCACGCCGAAAAGAGCCGCGGGCAAAAAGGCGGGAAAAUGAUUCUUGCCCAAAAUUCGCCUAAGUUCACCUAAAAAAGAGCCGGAAUUGCCAAUAACACGAAGGAAACAGCGCUGAAGGGGCGCGGUGUUGUUGUCUGUGAUCCUUUCCUCCCUCCAACGCGUCUGUGUUUUUAAUAUUUGCCAACAUUUCUGCUCCCGGCUGAGGCUCCCCAACACAUCUGUGCUGCCUGUACACACUCCGACGACCAGAACCUCUUUCAACCCCAAUAGGUGAUGCUGCGCGGGCCGCGGCAGCGAUGACCCCGAGCGCGGAGCGCGGCCGCGGAGCGCGGCCCCGGCAGCCGCGGAGACGGAAACGCUGCCGCUCCGUCCGCACCCCGGCCACGGCUGGCACGGCUCCCCCUGGCACGGCUCCCCCUGGCACGGAUCCUCCUGGCACGGAUCUGCCUGGCACGGAUCUGCCUGGCACGGAUCUGCCGGGCACGGCUGCCCCGGCCUCGCCCGCGCUGGGGCAUUUCCAAACGCUCCCCUUGGAGCUCUUCCAGAUGCUGCUGAAUUAUCUCCCAGUGAAGGACAUCAGCACGCUGAGCAUGGUGUCCAAGAGCAUCAGCGCCCGCCUGAUCCGCUACAUCGCCACGGCCGCGGGGAGCCGCCGCCUGCUGCUGCAGGACUUCCACCAGGAGCCGCCGGCCCCGAGGGGAGCCGCCUCCAUCCUGGAGCACUACCGAGCUCUGGGGCUGCUGCUGAAGCGCUGCACGCUGCUGCUGCCCACCCGGGACAGGCUCCGGUCCGUGCAGCGCCUGCUCCAGGGGGUUUCCUGUUUCAAGCUGAGCGGCUGCGCCGUUCCCCUGCGCUGCCUGGGGCUGCGCUGCUACGGGGAGUUCCUCCAGAUCCUGACGGCGGGCUGGGAUGAGCUCGAGUGCCACCGGGUGUUCAACUUCCUCUGGGAGCUCAGCAAUUUAGCCCGCAAGGUGCAGACGGUCGUCAGCAGCAAACCAGGCAGCGCCCGGCGGCUGGAGCUGCGGAUCCGCCUGUUCUGCCGGGGGGUGCUGCUGUCCCCGGGCAGCCGCCGCAGCGACUCCGCCUUUUGGCUCACUCGCAUCCUCAAGCCCUGGCCCAUGGUUAACCAAGCUCGCCUGCUCUACAUCAUCUUCGGGCCCGUGUCCUCCCGCGAUGGACACGUGGUGUGGCAGAAAAUGACAGAAGGACCAACAGACGAGAGCAGUCUGAAGGGUUUGGCUGAUGCAAUUAAGCUGCUGUAUGGUACAGAAGCUAGAGAAUGGACAGCAGAUGAUGUUAUCAGUCUUGUGGAUGAGCUGUCAGUGGUUCCCCAGGAGUGGCUGAUGGAGAACAACGCUCGGCUGCUGCUCCUGAGUGGGAACAGCAUCUGCUUCACCUUCCUGGCCAGCAAAGCUGUCAAUGGCAGGGCUGUGGAGCUGGCCAAGCUCAUGGUCUUCAUGGUUCUGGUGUGUGAGAAGGACCUGUACUGCAUGGACUGGGCAGUGAGGAUGAUGCAGAAGGUCUGCAAGGUUUUCAGCACUCCUUGGGAGAGGAACAACUUCCUGCAGUGCCUGGAGAACUGCUUUGCUCGCAUGCUCAUGGACAUGCUGCAGGCAGUGCUGGCUGGGGACAGGGAUGAGGAGGACAGCAGCUUCCUGAACCUCUUCCACCUGAUGAACGCACAGGCCAACUUCCACAAGGAAAUCCUCUCCCUGGCCAUGGGCAGCAGCAGCAGCAGCAGCACCUGAGCUGCACGGAGGAGCCCUGCUGGAUUCCUCCUGCUUUUCCUUGGAGUUUUUGCAGAGAAGUCUCAGAUUAUUCCUGAAUUUCCCACCCCAGACGCUGCAGAGGUUGGGCCCAUGCAGCUGAGCGAGCUCAUGGAGGGCUUGGGCAGUGGAAUUCCACCCCAGGGAAGAGGGCUGGGAACACAAUCCGCAUUCUUUUCCCACUGUGCAUCUUUGCACACACACUAAAAAUGACACAGCUCCCACAGCUGAUGUGCAGACACCAGCUGAGGCUCGUGUUGGCUCAGCCCAGAACCCAAAACAUUCCGAGCUCUUCAAUUCGUUUUCUCUUGGGAAUCUGAGGAGAAAUUUGGGUGGGAUUUGAGGAAGCUGCAUUUUUCCAGCUUGCCAAAAUCUCUGACUCAGCUCUGAGACAGAAAUGCUCCACAGUUUGUACAUUCAGCUUUAGGCAAAGGGGAUUUCUGAAAGCAAUUCCACUGCUUUGAUCGACCAAGGCAUUUCCUCCUCUCAAUCUCCAGGUUGUAUAAAGCAAAAUAAACUUCAAACCUCUCCCCCUGCCCCAGGUAGCAACUGUUGAAGUGUUUUAGGAUUUAGCCAAGUUGAAGACACCCAUUAAAUGAAAACACUGGUUCAUUAAAUGGAUAAAUGUUUGCUGCUCAGAGAAGGGUUGGAUUUUCUGCUCUCUUGCCUUCCAGACAAACCCCUGUGAUGGCAAUAAAAUGCUCUCCCUCCCUC